GGUGUCCCCGCGUCCCGGCCCGGGCGCGGCUAGAUGCGCCGGCGCAGUCCGGCGCGGGGGCUGGUGGGACAGCGCCUUGGAGGACAGACAUGUCGAGGGUCCGGGUGGUGUCUCGGCUGUUGGGCGCCCGGCGCCUGGCACUGACCAGGGCGCAGUGGCCAGCAACAUGGCAGACAGGCACCCGAGGUUUUCACUUCGCUGUUGAUGGGAAUAAGAGGUCUUCUGCUAAAGUUUCAGAUUCAAUUUCUACGCAGUACCCAGUAGUGGACCAUGAGUUUGAUGCAGUGGUAGUAGGCGCUGGAGGGGCAGGCUUGCGAGCUGCAUUUGGCCUUUCCGAGGCUGGAUUUAACACGGCCUGCGUCACAAAGCUCUUUCCUACCAGAUCACACACCGUUGCGGCCCAGGGAGGGAUCAAUGCUGCUCUGGGGAACAUGGAGGAAGACAACUGGAGAUGGCACUUCUACGACACUGUGAAGGGCUCCGACUGGCUGGGGGACCAGGAUGCCAUCCACUACAUGACGGAGCAGGCUCCUGCUUCCGUGGUAGAGCUGGAAAAUUACGGCAUGCCAUUUAGCAGAACUGAAGAUGGGAGGAUUUACCAGCGUGCUUUUGGCGGUCAGAGCCUCAAGUUUGGGAAAGGCGGGCAGGCCCACCGGUGCUGCUGUGUGGCGGACCGCACUGGCCACUCGCUGCUGCACACGUUGUAUGGAAGGUCUCUGCGAUAUGAUACCAGCUAUUUUGUAGAGUAUUUUGCCUUGGAUCUCUUGAUGGAAAAUGGGGAAUGUCGUGGUGUUAUUGCACUAUGCAUAGAAGAUGGGUCCAUCCAUCGCAUAAGAGCCAAGAACACUGUUGUAGCUACCGGAGGCUACGGGCGCACCUACUUCAGCUGCACAUCUGCCCACACCAGCACCGGUGACGGCACCGCCAUGGUCACCAGGGCAGGCCUUCCCUGCCAGGACUUGGAGUUCGUUCAGUUCCACCCCACAGGUAUAUAUGGUGCUGGUUGUCUCAUUACGGAAGGAUGCCGUGGAGAGGGAGGCAUUCUCAUUAACAGUCAAGGCGAAAGGUUCAUGGAGCGAUAUGCCCCGGUUGCAAAGGACCUGGCGUCCAGAGACGUUGUGUCUCGGUCCAUGACUCUGGAAAUCCGUGAAGGAAGAGGCUGUGGCCCUGAGAAAGAUCACGUCUACCUGCAGUUGCACCACCUACCCCCCGAGCAGCUGGCCAUACGCCUGCCUGGCAUUUCAGAGACGGCCAUGAUCUUCGCAGGCGUGGAUGUCACCAAGGAGCCGAUCCCUGUCCUUCCCACUGUGCAUUAUAACAUGGGUGGUAUUCCCACCAACUACAAGGGCCAGGUCCUGAGGCAUGUAAACGGCCAGGAUCAGAUCGUAUCCGGCCUGUAUGCCUGUGGGGAGGCCGCCUGCGCCUCGGUGCACGGUGCCAACCGUCUCGGGGCAAACUCGCUCUUGGACCUGGUUGUCUUUGGCCGGGCAUGUGCUCUGAGUAUUGCAGAGUCCUGCAGACCUGGAGAUAAAGUUCCCCCAAUUAAACCAAAUGCUGGGGAAGAGUCUGUCAUGAAUCUUGACAAAUUGAGAUUUGCUGAUGGAAGCAUAAGAACAUCAGAACUACGACUCAACAUGCAGAAGUCGAUGCAAAAUCAUGCUGCAGUGUUCCGGGUGGGAAGUGUGUUACAGGAAGGCUGUGAGAAAAUCAGCCAGCUCUAUGGAGACCUAAAACAUCUGAAGACGUUUGACCGAGGAAUGGUCUGGAACACUGACCUGGUGGAGACGCUGGAGCUGCAGAACCUGAUGCUCUGUGCACUUCAGACCAUUUACGGAGCAGAGGCCCGGAAGGAAUCUCGUGGUGCUCAUGCCAGGGAAGAUUACAGGGAGCGGAUUGAUGAGUAUGAUUACUCCAGGCCCAUCCAGGGGCAGCAGAAGAAGCCAUUUGAGGAGCACUGGAGGAAGCACACCCUUUCCUAUGUUGAUGUCAAGACCGGGAAGGUUUCGUUGCAAUACAGACCAGUGAUCGACAAAACUUUAAAUGAGGCUGACUGUGCCACAGUCCCUCCAGCCAUUCGCUCCUACUGAUGAGACCAGAGUUGACGAACUUUUGUAAUUAUGUAUAAUAGCUCGUGCAUGUGUUCAUAUCAUAAUUAUCUUUUAAAAUCCUGUAGUCAAGUGAAUAAGGAGUGCCAUUUGAAUAGAUCAUCUGCCCGGUGGCCAGAAGCUUGCCAGUAAUGAACAGCCAGGAAGUGUGAAUGAAGCUUACCUUUAUCCUUUGCUUCAUUCUUAUGAAAUAGUAAAACUGGGCAUGAUUCUUAAAUAAAACAUAAAUUACAAGCUUCUAUUUCCAAGUCCAUUGAAGAGCUUAUACUGUUUGAUUUGAGGCAUGUUCGUUGACCUAAAACAUCGAAAUCCAGAAAUUUUAUCAUAUAUAUUAAGUAAAAAUGAACUUUGGUGUUGACAGCACAUGAAGAAAACAAACAUUUCCUUCUUGUUCUUACUAAGUAAAUGGUUUAAUAUGUGAA